AUGGGCCAGUACACCCCCGACCCUACUGAUCAGAAUGAUACGGAAGAUGGCAAAGGUCAGAGUCGCAAGAGCGAUGACCCCAAUCUGAAAUCCACCAUCCUAAAGAUGCUGGAGACCGCUGCAACGACGGCAGCAUCUAUUUUCAUUCUAGGAGCGGCGGGCUACUCGUACCACCGGUACUACAAGUACCUGAUCCUGGAUAAGAUGGACAAUGCAUUUGAACCAGGUGAUCCCGCUCUUGAAGUCGCGGGUGUAGUGUCUGGCAAACACCAGUAUACCCAGGAGGAGCACUGGGUUCCGCGAGACGAGCAAACGCGGAUUGAUGACAUUGUUUCCGGGCGAAGCCGCGGUCAUUACUAUCUCAUCGUCGGCGAGAAGGGCACCGGAAAGACCUCUAUGCUUCUCGAAGCAAUGCGCAAAAUCAAUGGCCUCAGUUGUGCCAUGUUUGAGGCGCAUGCCGACCUUGAGAUCUUCCGCAUCCGUCUUGGAAAGGCCCUGGAUUACGAAUUCCACGAAGACUAUAUUGGCAGCCUUUUCAGUAUCCGUGGCCCGCGUGAUACCACGGCCCUGCUAGAUAUCGAACGAGCCUUCAAUAAGCUUGAGAAGGUUGCUCUGGCCAGAAGAAAGAAGGGCACGCCGCCGCUUGUCCUCAUUGUCAACAGUGCUCACUUGGUUCGAGACGAUCACGAUGGCCAAGAUCUGCUUGAGAUGAUUCAGCAGCGGGCCGAACAAUGGGCUGCAAGUGGCCUUGUCACUACUAUUCUUAACAGCGACGAUUACUGGGUAUACGAGCGUCUGAAGCGCUACGCCACGCGCAUGGAAGUCAUCCCAGUUACCGAUCUGCCCAAGGACAAGGCCAUGAAUGCAUUGAAGAGAUACCGCCAGCAGUUCUUCAACGAGGAUCUGCCCUCCAAGGUCCUCGAGGAAGUCUAUGACAAAGUGGGGGGGCGGCUGUCAUUCCUGAACCGAGUUGCCAAGUCCCACAACAUCACGUCGACCUGUGACGAGAUUUGCCGGGCCGAAAAAACAUGGUUCCUCAACAGAUGCUGGAUUCUCGGUAUGGAGAUGGAUGAUGAUGUGAUGGACGAGCAGAAAUAUUCGUCUGCUGCUAUGGUCCUGGCUAAGGCUCUAGUCGAGCUUGAAAAGGAAAUGGAACAAACCUAUGACCCAGAGAGAGGCCAUAUCUUGCCCGAGAUCCCGCUCCACAAAGCACGUGAGAUCAUGACCCGCGCCGACUUCAUCCAGUCUUACGACCACGAUAACAUCUUCACCAUUGACUCGCGAGCAAUGGUGCGCGCUGAUUCUGUUCCCAUGCAGCGCGCCUUCCGGGAGAUCUGCGCAAUUGAAGGAUUCGACAAGCACUUGGACGGCACUCUGGAGCGCAUUGGCGACAUCGAGAGUCUCGGCCGUACGCGCGAGCUGACUAUCAAGGACCUCUGGAAUCAGGGCAAGUACAGAAUCGUCGUACGGGAUACCAAGGGACGCGAGAGUGGGACGGUGGAGUUUGCCGUGGCAGAGAACGAGGGAGGCGAGGAUGAUUGA